CUACGGGGGCCGCGUGGGCAGGAAGUGACUGCGGCUGCCCCUGUUGCGAGGUUUGCUGCGAUCAGAGCCGUGAGAGGGGGCAACCAUGGGGGGCUUGGAGAAGAAGAAGUACGAGAGGGGGUCUGCAACCAACUACAUCACCAGGAACAAAGCCAGGAAGAAACUACAGCUGAGCCUUGCUGAUUUCAGACGCCUGUGUAUCCUGAAGGGCAUUUACCCCCAUGAGCCCAAACAUAAGAAGAAGGUUAACAAGGGUUCCACUGCCGCUAGGACCUUUUAUCUGCUCAAGGAUAUCAAGUUUCUUCUCCACGAGCCCAUUGUCAACAAGUUCCGGGACUACAAGGUGUUCGUCAGGAAGCUCCGGAAAGCCUAUGGAAAGAGCGAGUGGAACACGGUGGAGCGGCUGAAGGACAACAAGCCCAUUUACAAACUUGACCACAUCAUCAAGGAGAGGUACCCCACCUUCAUAGAUGCCCUGCGAGACCUGGACGAUGCCUUGUCCAUGUGUUUUCUGUUCUCUACCUUCCCCCGCACUGGCAAGUGCCAUGUUCAGACCAUCCAGCUGUGCCGGAGGCUCACCGUGGAGUUCCUCAACUACAUCAUUGCCUCCCGGGCUCUGCGUAAGGUCUUCCUGUCCAUCAAAGGGAUUUACUACCAGGCCGAGGUGCUGGGCCAACCCAUCGUGUGGAUCACUCCUUAUGCCUUUUCCCACAACCAUCCGACCGAUGUGGACUAUCGCGUCAUGGCCACCUUCACUGAGUUCUACACCACCCUCCUGGGGUUUGUCAACUUCCGCCUCUACCAGACACUCAACCUUCAGUAUCCCCCCAAGCUCGAGGGGCCCAAAGAAAAAGAUUCCAAAGAUCAGGCUGAUGAGGCCUAUGCCAUGGACUCUGAGAGCUCCCUAGAGAAACUGUCGGCCUUGAGUGCCAGCCUGGCUCGUGUGAUGGUGCCAGUCACAGAGGAGGAGGUGGAGAUGGAUGAAUUCCCUGCUGAUGGGGAGAAUGCUGAGCAGGAGGAGGGGCUGAGGAAGGAGCGGGAGGCCCAGGAGAAGCACAAGAAGCUGUUUGAGGGACUGAAGUUCUUCCUGAACAGGGAGGUCCCUCGGGAGGCCCUCGCCUUCAUCAUCAGGAGCUUUGGUGGGGAAGUGUCUUGGGACAAGUCUCUGUGCAUCGGAGCCACGUAUGAUGAGAAGGAGCCCUCCAUCACCCAUCAGAUUGUGGACCGGCCCCUGCCACCCACCCCUGUCAUUGGCAGGUCCUACGUCCAACCCCAGUGGGUGUUCGACUGUGUCAAUGCCCGGCUCCGGCUGCCGGUGGAGGACUACUUCCCCGGGGUGCUCCUGCCCCCGCACCUGUCGCCUUUUGUGACCGAGAAGGAAGGAGACUAUGUGCCCCCAGAGAAGCUGAAGCUGCUGGCCCUACAGCGGGGGGAGACCCCAGGACAUGCCACCGAAUCAGAGGAGGAAUCUGAGGAGGAAGGUGAGGAAGAUGAGGAAGGAGAAGGUGAUGACCAAGAGGAGGAGGAGGAAGAGGAGGAGGAAGGUUCAGAGAAGGAAGAUGAAGCCAAACUGAAGGCGAUGGAAGAUCAGAGAACUCAAGGAAAGAAGCCACAGGUGACCAUGGGAACCUUGGACAAGAGGCAGCAGGACGAUGAGAAUGAGGCCAAGAGGCUGGCCAUCAUGACCAUGAGGAAGAGGGAGAAGUACCUGUAUGACAAGAUUAUGUUUGGCAAGAGGCGGAAAGUGCGCGAGGCAAACAAACUGGCCCAGAAGAGGAAGGCACACGAUGAGGCCAUGAAGGCCGAGAAGAAGAAGAAAAAGAAGCAGGGGGCUCAGGCCUGAGCCCGGCCUGCUGGGACCCUGCUCUGCAGCAGUACUGCUCCUGGGGCCCUGCCCUGCCUGGAGACUUUGGCAAAAGGAGUGCUUGCCUUCUCUCCCACACUCCUCAUUUGGCUGGUGCUCAGGCCUUAGACUUUCUGGCUGAGGGGCUUCCUAGGGGAUCCUUACCCCAGGGCUGGGCCCUGCUGGCCUGGAGGGCUCUCAGCCCUUGCUGAUAGCCCCAUCCAUGUUCCCAGACAAAGGGUUCAGUGGUGAGGAUCCUGACUUAGGCACCACUGAUGCCUCAUCCUCGAGGCAGGAGGCAGGGAGAUGAAAGGCAGCCCAGUGCCCUGAGGUGGCCAAGGGCAGGCUGCCCCUGGACACAGCCUGGACCUCCAGGCCUCCCUGCCUGAUUAGGUCUGUACAGAUAGGACUUGCCAAUGCUUACUUUAUAUCUGGGAAAAAUGUUUCCAAAUAAAUCUGUGGACUGAUGCAGCCCCUGGGCUUUCUGUCCUGGAACCUCCCAGGUUCUGGAGGACAUCCUGAGGGGCUUCCGUGACCUGAUGGGUGACAUUGCGUCCAGUUCUGCCCAUUUCAGUGGAUGUCACUGCCUGCUGUGAGCUGGCCCCUGGAAGGCCAGAACAUAGACGUUCCAUCCCUGCCCUCGUGGAGCUUCCAUCAGUAUAGCUACCAUGAUUGUUCUAAAGCACCUGCUGUGUGCCAGCCAGUACAAAUAUUGUCUCAUUUGAUCCUCA